AUGAGUGACGCAGAUUUAGACCAACUGUUGGACGAUGAUAUAGAGACCAAGUAUUCCCCAUUAGAGGACAUCAAGAGCUUUAAGUGCCUCGAGUAUGAACUCACUGUGAUUCCGAAGUUGCUAAAGCUAGGCUUAAUAGAAGAUACAGAAGUUGAGGAUAAAAAGAUAUACAUUCAAACUCUCAAAGAGGCGCUUGAUAAUCAGCUUAAAGGAGGGAAAAUAUCUUACCCGGAAGCUCUACAAGGCUCCUUAGAGCUAAACGAAAAUCUCUUAAAAGAAUUGAUGAGAAACCAAUAUGACCUAGAUAUGGAAGAUGGAGCAGCUCUAUAUGACUUCUAUAAUUCUAGAAUUCUCAAAAGAAUUUCUCUGAUCAAACAAGAAAUCACAUCUAACAAGGAAGAAGAGAAAGAAGCCCCAGAGGAUAACCCCUCAGAAAGUUGGGAGCCAUCUGCAGAUAGUGAAAUGGCUUUUGAAGAAGAACACCAAAUCGUUGAGCCAACCUUAACUAAGGUGAACUCAAAGGCUCAAAAAGAGUUUGACAGCAACCUGAGAAGAGCUCAAACUCAAGGAUCAGUUGUCCUAGAAGAAUACGAUUAUUCUGACAUUAAAAAGGUACUUAGAGAGAGGCUCAUAAAUUACGAAAUGGCUAUCAACUAUUGUGGACAAAUAGGUCAAAAAGAAGACAUUAUCAACGAUCUGAAGGAAAAAGCAGACCUAAUAAAGCACUUCAUCUCAAAGUAUAAACACCAGAAUGAGGAUGACUACCUCCAGCUGAUCGUAAAGCUCCCUCGAGAUGUAGUUCCACAAGAUAUAUUCGGGAACCAGAGAAAAGGCGAAUUUUUGAAAUACAUAGAAUACAUUGAAAAACUGAUCCCUCAAAUUCAGAAAGAGCGAAACAAAAUGAUGAGUAUUUACAAAGCCCAAAAAGACCCUAUAUCUAAAGAGAAUCUUCAAAAGUUGAUCAAGCUGGUCAAAGAGCAAGAGGACAUCAAAGAGAAGCUACUGGUUCUCUUGGGGAACAAGUGGCAACCAGUCCCUGAAAUACAUAUCUCUGAAGUCCAUUUUCCUACAUUAAUCGGAUCUGUAAAAUCAGGCAAAACCAUUGAGAUAAAUGUAACUCUUCCAAAGUCAUACUCCAAGACGUUCUUCAGGUACUACCUGUUGAUCCGUUUGAACGAUUUCCGUGAUGAGACUAUCGAUCGGAGAGACUUGCCGAUACUCGGAACAUCAUUCAAGGUCGAGUUCGACCUUGACGAAGCAGAGGAUCGCAAGAAGAUCUCUAGCUACAAGAUCGAAGUAGAACUCUAUCAGUACAGACUCAAGAUUUUUGAUAGCCUUCAGGAGUAUACCACUAUUGAACUUAAGCGUUUCAGAAGUCUCAAGUGAGAGAGAAUUAAGCACUCAGAGACCUGGGACGAAGAGAGAUAUUCGUUCGAGGUUAACUUAAAGGAAAACAAUGAAGAAACAGAGGACUCUGUCUUGAAAAUUGUCAAAAUUCUAGACAUUCCUAACCCCUUUAAACUAAAAGCUACCGAUAAAGCAGUGUUUGAUAGAAUUAAGAACCAUGAAGAGCUCCAUGAUAAGGAAGAAUUGAAGGAGAAGACCAAGGAGGAGGUCAAAGAAGAGCACAAUCAAAAAAAAAUUCAUCAAAGCAGCCAAAUGGUCUCCCAAGUGAAGGUACCAGAGCAAAAGAAAAAGCCACAGGUAAAGCCUCAAUCAAAACCUAAGAAGCAAGUAGUAACUAUUGAGGCUGCUCCCAAACCUGCUGUAGAGAUCCCAAAAGAGAUCAAAAGUGAUGAAGUAAAAGACCCUGAUGUCCAACGAAACCUCUUCAGUCUCUACUAUUGUACACAAAGAUAUAAACAAAUCAAUGAGAAGGUUACCUCAUAUCAAAAGCGGAAGGUUCGGAUCCCUAAAGAGCUUCAGACUGAGCUUCUAAAGUUCCAAAAACAAAAGAUUUCACUUGAAGCUGCAAUAGAGAACGAGCAGGUUACUUAUGAGCAGUACAUAGACUUCCUCCAGAAGUCCCUAGCACAUGAUAAAAUACUAGUACAAUAUGUGAUACCUGAGAAAAAGAAACUAGUCGAGUUCAGGAUAGAAUGAACAGAGAAAGAAAUCUCAGGUGACAUCGAACCUCCUGAAGAGUCUGACUCUGACGAGUAAAAUUCCCUUUGGACAGAAUCAACCAAAAAUUA